UCCACAUCAGCCAAUAUCUACAUUCCUCUCAUUUGCAAUCUCUCUCUCUCUAGCUAUGACUGCAAGAACUUAAUCUUUGGUCAGACGUUCAACCCUCUGCUCUACACCAGAAGCCCUGGAGGCUCCUCUGGUGGAGAAGGGGCACUUAUAGGAGGAGGUGGGUCCAUCUUGGGCUUUGGGACGGACGUAGGAGGGAGCCUGCGUUUCCCCGCUGCCUUCUGUGGGAUCUGUGCGCUUAAACCCACUGGGAACAGACUCAGCAAAAAAGGAGUAAUUUCUGGUGUCCUUGGGCAGAAGGCAGUGGUCGCAGCAGUGGGGCCAAUGGCAAAAGAUGUGGAGAGCCUGGCGCUGUGCAUGCGGGCGCUCCUGUGCGAGGACAUGUUCAGCCUGGACAGCACAGUGCCCCCCCUUCCCUUCAAUGAAGAGGUGUAUUCCAGCACGCAGCCCCUCCGCAUAGGCUACUAUGAAACCGAUUUCUUCACCAUGCCGAGCCCUGCCAUGAGACGCGCCGUUCGGGAGACAAAGCAGCUGUUGGAGGAUGCUGGCCACACGCUGGUGCCCUUCAAACUCACAAACGUUGACUACAUGAUCUUUAACUUCUGCGUCAAGGGAAUGUUUGGAGACGGGGGUGCAUCCUUUCUCAAGAAGUUCAAAGGGGAGCUGGAGAAAAGCGGCAAGGGACUGUUCUUGUGGUUGGGGAUGUCGCCAAACUGGCUAAAAACUGUCCUCUCCUGGAUUGCCAAACCCUUCGUGCCUCGAUUAUCAGAUAUCAUAAGAAGUAUGAGAAUCAACACAGCGGGUGAAGUCUGGAGUCUUCAUCAUGAAAUUGAGGAGUUUUGCCACCAGUUCAUCGCCGAGUGGAAAACGCUGAACCUGGAUGUCAUGCUUUGUCCCAUGCUGGGCCCGGCUCUCAGCAUCGGCUACCCGGAGAAGCUCUCAGUGGCAGUCAGCUACACCAUGAUCUACAAUGCCUUGGACUUCCCCGCUGGUGUGGUCCCUGUCACAAUGGUGACGGACGAGGAUGAGGAGGAGCUGAAGGGCUAUCAGGGGUACUUUCGGGACUGGUGGGAUCGGACUCUGGCAAAGGCUUUUCGUGGCAGUGUGGGGCUGCCGGUGGCCGUGCAGUGCGUGGCCUUGCCGUGGCAGGAGGAGCUGUGCCUCCGAUUCAUGAAGGAGGUGGAGAUGCUCGUCUUGAAGAAGAACAGGCUCGUCUGA